AUGUCGGACCCGGCGUGGGCUCCUGUCAACGAGACUGCCUCAGAUAUAUGGGGCGAGGAAGCCAAUAUCGAUGGAGUUGCCAUUGCAACUACUGCUUAUGGAGUUCAUCUUACAUUAUUCUUUCUAUGUUUCAACUUGCUGUGGGAUUCCAGAAAGCGACAGCCGACCUAUGCUUACUCCUUCCUUGCAUACAUUUCUGCGUUGGUGGUCUUUGGAUCGAUUGGCAUUGGCGCUACAGUCAAGUUCAAUCAAGAGACCUACGUCAAUAAUCGUAACUUUCCCGGUGGUCCUGAGGCUUACAAUGUGGAGGAAUAUGGUGUUCCGUACAGUAUCGUUGGGACUGGUGCUUAUAUUGUCAACAGCUGGCUGCAAGAUGGUCUACUGAUAUAUCGCUUUUAUAUCAUGUGGGGUGGUCAUUGGUUGUCAAUGACAAUUCCUCUGCUCGUCUACUUAGUCUCCAUCAUCAUGUCGUGCUUUCUUCUUGCUCAGCUUGUGCACCCUGGAGGAACAAUAUGGCAGGCUUCUAGUGUCAACUUUGCGCUUGGAUACUGGUCAACAUCGAUUGCAAUGAGUGUCUUGCUCACCCUCCUCAUUAUCGCACGCCUUCUUUACGCUCGUUACCGGUUGCGCAAUAUGCUUUCUUCGGCCCACCUCGCACCAUUUCUUUCAGUGUCAGCCAUGCUUGUGGAAUCUGCGGCACUCUAUACUGCAUUUGCUCUACCGUUCAUCAUAACUUAUGCCAAGGGCAAUUCAGCGAACUUUCUUUUUCUGGCACCUCUCGGUCAAAUACAGUCGAUCGCGCCGUUGUUGAUCAUUCUCCGUGUCGCGCAAGGUCGUGCCGCUACUAGGGCGACAAUGCAGGAAACCAUAACAAAAAUUGGUGAGGGAAUGCGGUUCGCAGAUGGCACACAGGUGUCGGUUCCUUCAGCCACCGCAAUCGAAUUAUAUUCUAUAGGCACCCCAGGAGGGGAGGCUAGUACCGCUACUGUAAAGGCUUCGUCAGCUCUUUCUGAAUAUAAUUACGACCAACCACUAUGAAUCCUAUCGACACUGCCCAAUGCGGCUUUUUGGAGCUCAGGAUCUGUUUGCAGGAUCACGAAGGUUGCAGGAUCGUGCAUGUACAUAUUUAAGUUUCAAUCGCUGUUCGUGGUGCAUGUAGCGAUACACAAGAUCUAGAGCUGUCUCUGCGUGCUCAGAUCUCCAUGUUGAGGCAAAAUGGCUCUACAUAUGGACAUUUAUACUCCUGUAUGCCAUCAUGGUUUGAGCAGACCACAGAGUAGCCAUCACUACCUGUAAGCAGUUCCGU